GUCCCAUUCUAAAAUUUCAUUUGUUGUUUGCGGCCAGUUCCCAAAAUGCGUUCCUCACUCAACCUUCUCUUGCUCUCUGUGCCGUUCAUGUCUGCAGCAACAACAAACAGUACAGGCACACUCGGCUCAUCGACGACCGAGAACGACUUGGCAGAUGGAGCAGGCUGCAAAGCGAUGACCGUCGUGUUCGCUCGGGGUGUAAGUUAACGCUCAUCCAUGUCCAUCUGGAUAACCUCUCCUCCUCUCACCCCUCACAAGCAGUGCAUCAAGUCUUCUCCCAACAGACAACAGAACAAGGAAACGUGGGGACC